AUGUCAACAACCCUCCGCGUCGGCAUCCUAGGUGCCCCAAACAACGUCCAGCCCACCUUCCUCCCAACCCUCACCUCCCUCCCAACCUACAAAUUAACAGCAAUCUACGACCAAAACGACUCUACCGCAAAAACCACCGCAAAGAAAUUCAACAUCCAAACCAUCACAAAUUCCGCCCACGACCUCAUCUCUCACAACGAGGUAGAUCUAGUCCUUAACCUCCUCUCAUUCGAAUACCAUGAACAAUUCACCAUUGCCGCCCUCGAGGCCGGAAAACACGUCAUGGUCGAAGUACCACUCAGCCUGAGCAUUCAUGGCCUUCGUCGUAUUCGCGCCGCAACUCAAAACGGCGCAAACAAUACUAGCACUGGUACUCCGCCGAAGGUCUUUGUUGGAUGUGCCCGUCGCUAUGCACCGUGUUUUACAGAUUUGUUUAAGAAGGAACUUGCUUCGAUGGGAAGAAUUUAUUAUGCAAGGUGUCGCAAUAUUGCGGGGCCACUUCAUAUUCCUGCUAUGGAUAUGAAGAUGAGUGGGAAUGGUAUCAGCAACAGCAACGGAAAUAGAACGAACACAAGGCUUCAAGCCGAAGCCCAAGCAAAUGGAAUCACAAGCCUCCCCUCGCAGUCGCAAAAACAAUUCCAGGCCCUCCUAUCCGAUAUUUUCGGCUCAACAGACGAUCUGACACCGGAUAGAAUAGCAUUCUGUCGCUUCCUCGGAAACCUAGGCUGUCACGAUCUCUCUCUAAUGCGAGAAUCCCUCGGAUUCCCAGACGCAGUAGCAAACAUCGCUAUCACGGAUCCAUUCUACAGCGCAAUAUUCCACUACACUAGCUCGAAGGCCGCGACUUCGUCUUCAGCUUCGGCCUCGGUCUCCGGCAACUCCAACUCAGAACCAGAUCCAGACGGACACCCCUUUACAGUCCUAUACGAGACGGGUGUAGAUUCCGUCCCGAGAUGUGAUGCGCAUUUAACCGUUUACGGAGCCCAGAAAACCAUAUCUGUUGAGUAUGAUUUUCCAUGCUUGGCGAUGUCGGAAGAAGAUGGGGUCACUGGGAGCGUGAAGGUUGUUGUUGAGGAGUUGGAGAGUAAGGUUGAUAUUGAUCAUGGGGGUCGACCUCGCGUGAAGAGAACUGAGGUUGUCAGUUCUGCAGCUGAGGCUUAUGAGAGGGAGUUUUUGGCUAUGCAUUCUUAUUUUGUUGGGGAUGAUUCUGGUGUCGGGGUGAAUGGGUGUGCUGUGGAAGCGAAAACGACCGCGAAUGAUGCUUUGAUGGAUUUGAGGUUGCUGCAUAUGAUUUUCGAGCAUUAUGAUCGGCAGUGCGGGACUAUUCGGACUCCGUUGGGUUGA